UCACAUGCUUUUUCGCUGCAGCCGGCUUCCUCCAACCAGCACUCCCUCUCCUCUCUCCCUCUCUCUCUCCCUCUUUUUUUUCCUCCUAUUUAUGAAAACGUCACUUCAAGUCCCUCCCUGUUUGAAUCUCAUUAGUUUCUUGUGUGUUUCUCCCUGUCAAUAAUCCCGAAUCCAGACUCUCUCUAUUUCCAUCCCUCUCUAUCUGUCAAUCAGCGCCGCCUUUGAACUGAAAACCACUCCGACCAACUUCAACUCACUCAAUCCGAGCGGCUCGGCUCCUUCUCCGGCUUCCCCAUUUUUCUGCCAACAUUUUUCCCCCUUCUUUUUCCCCCCCUUGUGUUUUUGAGUUUUAUAUACCAGAGCUUUUGGAAAACGCCAAUACGAAGACCCUCUCUUUUAAAAAGAAAACCCCCCAAAAACUUAAACUCUCGGACUUUCGAGCUCGCAGAGAUCAAGGGUUUGAAACUUUUUGGUGGUUUUUUUCGACCCGAGAACGAUUCUUCUGCUCGGGGGAAAAAUGCCGCAGCUCAACGGCGGUGGAGGGGACGAUCUGGGCGCAAACGAUGAGAUGAUUUCGUUCAAAGACGAAGGGGAGCAGGAGGAGAAAAUCUCGGAGAACUCCUCGGCAGAAAGGGAUUUAGCAGACGUCAAAUCUUCGCUCGUAAACGAGUCGGAAACGAAUCAGAACAGCUCUUCGGACUCGGAGGCGGAAAGACGGCCUCCGCCUAGAUCUGAAACUUUCAGAGACAAAACAAGGGAAAGUUUAGAAGAGGCUGCGAAAAGGCAAGAUGGAGGGCUGUUCAAGAGCCCACCGUACCCGGGCUAUCCGUUUAUAAUGAUCCCCGAUCUCACCAGCCCCUACCUCCCCAACGGAUCACUUUCUCCAACAGCACGCACAUACCUACAGAUGAAAUGGCCCCUUCUAGAUGUUCAACCAGGAGGUCUUCAGAGUAGACAAGCACUUAAAGAUGCCAGGUCCCCGUCACCGGCACACAUUGUCGGGCCCUUCUGCUGGGAAUUCCCCGGACAGUCAGAUCUGAGCCUUCACCAAUUUCAUUUGUCUAAUAAGGUUCCAGUGGUACAGCACCCGCACCAUGUGCACCCCCUCACGCCUCUGAUCACCUACAGCAAUGAGCACUUCACACCGGGGAACCCCCCACCUCACCUACAGACAGACGUGGAUCCCAAAACAGGAAUCCCGAGGCCUCCUCAUCCUCCAGACAUAUCUCCUUAUUACCCGUUGUCACCUGGCACCGUUGGCCAGAUCCCCCAUCCGCUAGGAUGGUUAGUACCACAGCAAGGUCAACCUGUUUAUCCAAUCACGACAGGGGGGUUCAGACACCCCUACCCAACUGCGCUCACCGUCAACGCAUCCAUGUCAAGUCUUCUGUCCUCCAGAUUCCCCCCACACAUGGUGCCCCCCCACCACAGUUUGCACACCACGGGCAUCCCUCACCCGGCCAUCGUCACGCCCAACGUCAAGCAGGAAUCCUCCCACAGCGACAUUAGCUCACUCAACAGCUCGAAACAGUCGGACGCUAAAAAGGAGGAGGAGAAGAAGAAGCAGGUCCACAUAAAGAAGCCUCUGAACGCCUUCAUGCUCUACAUGAAGGAGAUGAGGGCCAAGGUGGUGGCGGAGUGCACACUGAAAGAAAGCGCUGCUAUCAACCAGAUCCUGGGGCGAAGGUGGCACGCCUUAUCGCGGGAGGAGCAGGCCAAGUACUACGAGCUGGCCAGGAAAGAGCGACAGCUCCACAUGCAGCUGUACCCCGGCUGGUCAGCACGAGACAACUAUGCGGCUAACCAACAGGGGAAAAGGAAGAAGAGAAAAAGGGAAAAGCAGCAAGCAGAGAGCAAUGAACACAGAGAAUAUUUUCCAAACCCUUGCCUUUCACUCCCUCCGAUUACAGAUGCAAAUACCCCAAAGAAGUGUCGUGCCUUGUUCGGGCUUGACCAGCUGAGUUUAUGGUGCAAACCAUGCAGGAGAAAAAAAAAGUGCAUUCGCUACAUCCAAGGUGAAGGCAGCUGUGCCAGUCCUCCCUCUACGGACGGAAGCUUACUAGACUCCCCCCCAUCCUCUCCCUCCUCCGUGGUUCCCUCCCCCUCUCCGAAAGAGUCCAAACCUCACACUGAACAAAUGCAACCUCUCUCACUGACUAUGAAACCGGCCCAUCAGCCACUCCACCACCCGCACCUCCUGGCUGGGCCCCCACCGCCAUCUUUGGUUCAGCUGGAAAAUUCGGCGGCCGCCGCCAGCAAGACGCCCGGCGGCGCCUCCUCCCACAACGGCGCUCUGGAGCACAGUGACGUCUCGUCCUCGCGGCAGCCGGGCUCCUCCGUGGCGUCCGUCAUGAUCCGGCCGUCAGCUUCGCUGUGUCAUUCCCACUCGCUCCUCCCCUCCACGGCCCCCCAGCCUCUGUCGCUAGUGACCAAGUCUAUAGAAUAAUCUACCUUCCUUCUUCUCACACACACUUUCUAGGUUUUCUCUUUGCUCUAUUUCACUUUCAGUCAAUUUUGUCUUUGUUUCUUUGCCACGAAGGCUUUGAAAUUUUUUGUUGUUUUUUUUUUUUUGUUUUAUUGAAGUUCAUUGGUCAAUAUUUGACCCCUCAUUAUCAAAAAAAAUCUAAUUAUUAUAAAGUACAAUGAGCUGUAGUAUAGCUUUGUGAAUCUGCCAAAAUUUUUAUGAAUUUUGUUUCUUUUGUCUGAGUUUUUUCUUUUGUAGCGAUAAAACAGUGCAAACAGGAAGAAAACUAAUCUACUUCACUUUCGAAACGUUUUACAGACAAAUAUAAAAUAGGUAGGCUAGGUUAUUCGACAAGCCCUUUUUCCUGAAAGAGUUGGUUCUUCUUCUUUAUUUGUAUUAAAUACGAGCCUGCGAACCAAUCAUUCAAUAUCUGUUCGAACUCUCAGAGGGGUGCGGGGGCUAGCGGCUACGCCUCUCUGGGGAACAAUUUUAAUUGUGAUGUUACUUGUUGUUUAAAUGUACAGAAUAUCGGGGAGGGGAGGGGUGAUUACUGUGUUAAAUAUGCAUUCUUCCACUGCGUUGUCUUUUUUUUUUUUUUUUUCUUGUUUACCUUUUGGGGCGGAGUCAGGCAAGUUUGGGUGGGUUCGACGGGGGGAGGGUGGGGAUCGGGUGGGGAGGGGUCAAGGGUUAUAAAAUUCAAAAAUGUCACAACGCUAGGACCAGUAGUAUUUAUUGCUUUAGAGAUUGCUUGUUGUAUCUUGUUGUGUCUCUUUUUGACCCUAUUUUUUGUUUCUUGAUACAUUGUACAAAUGAUUUUUUCUUAAGCUAAACAACUAUAUGAAUGAUCCAUUUUUACAAGGAGGAUUUAAAAUAAGAAAAAAAAAAUACAAAGCUUUUGUUAUGGGUUUUUUUUUUUCCCCCUCGCUGAAAGCACCCAGAUUUCACUUGUUCUGUGUAGAUCUCAUAAACAAGAAGUAUGCACAACUUCAUUUCCAGAACCGCGUCUAUAUAAGCCAUUUUACAUGCAAAGGAAGAAAAGAAAACUUGAAAUCAGGCAGUGGGUACCGUGUCUUCAGUGGAAAAAGUGUUUUAAAGCCCUUCUUUUUUAUUGCACAGUCACAUCUCAGACUGUAGAUUCGUGUACAGAUUUUUCCGUGCCAAAUUUUUUGUGAUAAUUUGCCCUCAGCCCCCACAUCCCCCAGUUUUAAAAGAAAAAGGAAAAAAAAAACACGCUGUAGGAAUUUUUUUGUUUUUUGUUUCGUUUCGUUGUUUGUUUUUAUUUUUAUUUUGAUACCAUUCUUUGCUGUGACGUUACAUAGAAUUGCUAUGUAUGUAGUAUAAAUGUUGCUAUAACAAAUGUGUUUGGUAGCAAAUUGUCAAAUAUUAAAAUUUAAACUUAAUAAAAAGACGGACAUCAUACUGUAUAAACCCACGAGGGCCAAAAUUAUGUAUAUUAGGAGGUUCAUAAAAAACUAUUAAAUACAAAAAAAUACACAAACUGCCACUUUUAAGUACACUACUACAUAUAGGUAGAUAGAAAAAAUAGGCAUGUUGAUGUUGCAAGAGGCUGUAAAAAAGCUACAAGAGAAUCAUCCACUCGGUGCCAUUGUAGUUGACAUGACGCGACUGUAAUCUGUCGAUUUCUUCUCUGGUUUAUUAAGAUGCUAAUGAUAAAUAGUUUGAAUGUUUCCUUAACGGCUGUGAUGUUCCUGUUCUAUUUUAUGCUCUUAUCUUUUUGUUUGUUUGUUUUUUUCCUGUUAUUUUAAAUGGUUCUAAAACCAUGUUUUUUGUAAUGAAUAAAUGUUUAUGCUGUACAGUCUCUGUAGCAUGCAGUUCUGUAUUAAUAAAAGCAACUUAGUAUGUGCA